AUGCGCCAGUCCACCACGGAGCACACCCGGCAGACGUUCCUGCGGCUCCAGGAGCGCCAGGUGCAGUCCAAGAGGAAGAAGGGAGGGACGAGCUACGAGCGGCCCCUGACCCAGGAGGAGCUGCUGGAGGAGAUCAACCUGCGCUCCCUGGAGAACUACGAGCGGCUGGAGGCGGACAAGAAGAAGCAGGUGCAGAAGAAGAGGAAGAUCGUGGGCCCCGUGAUCCGGUACUGGUCCCUGACCAUGCCCCUCCUGCCCGAGCCCGGCCGUGAUGACCCCGUGGACGUCGAGGGGCUGGACCCCGAGGCGCGGCCGCCGUCGCCGGGCAAGUGCUCGCGCACGUUCAUCUCCUUCAGCGACGACGCCACCUUCGAGCGCUGCUUCCCCCGGGCGCGGGCGCCGCGGCUGCCGGUGCGGGAGCUGUGCCCGGUGACGCACAAGCCCGCCCUGUACCGCGACCCCAUCACCGACAUCCCCUACGCCAACGCCCGCGCCUUCCGCAUCAUCCGCGAGGCCUACCGCAAGUACGUGACGGCGCACGGGCUGCCCAGCGCCGCCGCCGCCGCCGCCGCCGCCACCGCGGGCACCGCAGGGGCCGGGGACGGCACCGGGGCACGGCCCGGCCGGCAGAAAAUCGUCAUCAAACAGAGCGUGCCCAGUGCCUGAGAGAUGGGGUUUGAUGGGGUUUGGGAACGUUCCUAAAACUGCAGAAAAUCGUCAUCAAAUAGAGCGUGCCCAGUGCCUGAGAGAUGGGGUUUGGGAUUUGGGAACGUUCCUAAAACAGCAGAAAAUCGUCAUCAAACAGAGCGUGCCCAGUGCCUGAGAGAUGGGGUUUGGGGUUUGGGAAUGUUCCUAAAACGGCAGAAAAUCAUCAUCAAACAGAGCGUGCCCAGUGCCUGAGAGAUGGGGUUUGGGAUUUGGGAAUGUUCCUAAAACAGCAGAAAAUCGUCAUCAAACAGAGCGUGCCCAGUGCCUGAGAGACGGGAGAGGGGGUUUGGGAACGUUCCUAAAGCUGCAGAAAAUCGUCAUCAAACAGAGCGUGCCCAGUGCCUGAGAGAUGGGGUUUGAUGGGGUUUGGGAACGUUCCUAAAGCUGCAGAAAAUCGUCAUCAAAUAGAGCGUGCCCAGUGCCUGAGAGACGGGAGAGGGGGUUUGGGAAUGUUCCUAAAACUGCAGAAAAUCGUCAUCAAACAGAGCGUUCCCAGUGCCUGAGAGAUGGGGUUUGAUGGGGUUUGGGAACGUUCCUAAAACUGCAGAAAAUUGUCAUCAAACAGAGCGUGCCCAGUGCCUGAGAGAUGGGGUUUGAUGGGGUUUGGGAAUGUUCUCCCUAAAACUGCAGAAAAUCAUCAUCAAACAGAGCGUGCCCAGUGCCUGAGAGAUGGGGUUUGAUGGGGCUUGAAUGUUCUCCCUGAAACUGCAGAAAAUCAUCAUCAAACAGGGCGUCCCCAGUGCCUGACCCCUCAGAUUGAGGGUUUGGGGUGCUGGGGUGUUGGGACUGGCAGCUGCCAUGGCUUUGUUGAGGGGCUCCUUUCCAAGUGUUGGCAGUGCCUGAAAUCCCGGGAUUUUGGGGUGCUGGGCUGUUGGGGUUUGGGGAUAUGGGGUCACCCAUUUGAGUGAUGGUUUUUCUGGGGUCAUUGUUCACCAGGGGUGUUGGAGGAGGGAAUAAAGUGGAUUUGGGGGUUGGUUUGUGUGGGGUGGUGGGAGCCCCUUUUCGCAGGAAAUCCUACAAUUAAUAAAGAGGUUUGCAGAA